AUGCCAAAGCCGCGCGCAGAGGAAACAGCUGGGGUGGCUUUUCAGAAAAGAAUUAUGAGUGGAGCUCUGAAGAGGAGGCGGCUGUGAAGAAGCCGGGGCCAGUCCAGGUGCUCAUUGUUAAAGAUGACCAUUCCUUUGAGCUGGACGAGGCCGCGCUGAACCGCAUUCUGCUCUCAGAGGCCGUGAGAGAUAAAGAGGUAGUUGCUGUGUCUGUCGCUGGAGCUUUCAGGAAAGGAAAAUCGUUCCUGAUGGACUUCAUGCUGAGAUACAUGUACAACAAGGAUACCAUUGACUGGCUCGGUGAUUACAAUGAACCGCUGACGGGCUUCUCGUGGCGAGGAGGGUCUGAGCGGGAGACGACUGGCAUUCAGAUAUGGAGUGAACUCUUUCUUGUGGACAAACCGGACGGUAAAAAGGUUGCAGUGCUACUGAUGGACACGCAGGGGACAUUUGACAGCCAGUCGACUCUGCGGGAUUCAGCCACCGUGUUUGCCCUUAGCACUAUGAUCAGCUCAAUCCAGGUGUACAACUUAUCCCAGAAUGUUCAAGAAGAUGAUCUCCAGCACUUACAGCUCUUUACGGAAUACGGCAGGCUGGCCAUGGAGGAAACCUUCCUGAAACCUUUCCAGUCUCUCAUAUUCCUUGUUCGUGACUGGAGUUUCCCGUAUGAAUUUUUCUAUGGAGCUGAUGGUGGUUCAAAAUUUUUGGAAAAACGUCUUAAGGUCUCGGGAAAUCAACAUGAAGAAUUGCAGAAUGUCAGAAAACACAUCCAUUCCUGUUUCACAAACAUCUCCUGCUUCCUGUUACCUCAUCCUGGCUUGAAAGUAGCCACCAACCCAAAUUUUGAUGGAAAACUAAAAGAAAUAGAUGCCGAGUUCAUCAAGAACUUGAAGGUGUUGAUUCCUUGGCUCCUUAGCCCUGAGAGCCUAGAUGUUAAGGAGAUCAAUGGAAAUAACAUCACCUGUCGAGGCCUUGUGGAAUACUUUAAGGCAUAUAUAAAGAUUUAUCAAGGAGAAGAAUUGCCACAUCCCAAAUCAAUGUUGCAGGCCACAGCUGAGGCUAACAAUUUAGCUGCAGUUGCCACUGCCAAGGACACCUACAAUAAGAGAAUGGAAGAGGUUUGUGGGGGAGACCGGCCGUUUCUUGCACCCAGUGACCUUCAGAACAAACACCUGGAGCUCAAGGAGGAAGCAGUGAAGCUGUUUCGAGGCGUUAAGAAGAUGGGUGGGGAGGAGUUUAGUCGCCGCUACCUACAGCAACUGGAGAACGAAAUAGACGAGCUCUACGUACAGUACAUUAAGCACAAUGACAGCAAGAACAUAUUCCAUGCGGCACGUACCCCUGCAACCCUCUUUGUGGUCAUCUUCAUCACGUACGUGAUAGCUGGAGUGACCGGCUUCAUUGGCUUGGACAUCAUAGCCAGUCUAUGCAACAUGAUCAUGGGGUUGACCCUUAUCACUCUGUGCACCUGGGCAUAUAUCAGAUACUCUGGGGAAUACAGAGAACUGGGAGCAGUAAUAGACCAAGUGGCUGCAGCGUUGUGGGACCAGGGAAGUACGAAUGAGGCUUUGUACAAACUUUACAGUGCAGCAGCAACCCACAGACAUUUGUAUCACCAUGCGUUCCCUGCACAGAGAUCAGAAUCCACUGAAGAGUCAGAAAAGAAGAAAAUGUAAGACAGAUGUUUUCACGUAGGUGCAUGAAGCACAUACACCUCAUCAGUUAAACACCCGCCUAGUUGUAUUCAUGUACAAGUUUCUGAAGCUCCUGAAGUGGAACAGAGGAGAACACAAAAUAAUUCACUUGUAAAGAUGAUUUCAUGUGUGUGUUUUAAUUUUGAUGACACGUUGUUUGAUGGGAAGAUGUAGGCAUGUUUUUCAUUUUGUUUAUAUGUACAUACUUGAUUUUGCUGCAAAUAUAAACAAUACUCUUAAUUUUUAAUAUCAAGCAAUUCUUGCCUGGUUUUGACUGAUUUAUGAAAUCUUGCUUUCCACUUUAAAUUUAGUACGCAAUGUGAUGAGAUCACUAACAACAUGAUGUGGUAAUUAGAUAUGUUUUCCAGAUGUAAACCCUAGCAUUAUUCAAAAGAACCACCUCUUAUAUUAUUCUCAGAUAUGCUUGUUCAAGUAAAUAUCACGUAACCAAAGGUUUGAUUAAUCAAUGUUUUUCCUCUUAUCUGCCAUGAACUACACAAUUACAUGAACACUUUUUAAAAAAAACAUAUGUACUAACUUGCUUUGCCAGAAAUUGUAAGGCCACUUCUGCUAUGGUAUGUUUAAUGAUAUUGUGAGGAAAGUAUGCUUUUUCCUUUGAUAAAUUUAAUGCAUAAAAAGAUGACUUUGUACAUGUAUUUGAGAAAGUUUCACUGUUUCUUUAUAUAUAUUCUCGUUUAGUGUUUAGAAAUUGUGUUCACAGCUCUAUUUUAUUGUCAGAGUAUUAAAGUUUCCUUUUGGUUCCUAUGAAGUUGAUCAUAUCGUGAGCAAUUAAUUCACUAACUGGCGUUUUCUUAGAUCUUAAUGUUCAUCUAGGUUUAUUUUUCUAUCAUUUAUUUGAUGAACAUUGUGCUUUUCUUUAGACACAAUCCCUCAAAAAUUUUAGCUGCUGUUUUUAGAAAUGCAGAGUGGAAUUUGAUUAUACUGAUCGUUCAGAGGGUGGCGGAUUUGCAUUGACAUUUUUUUAAAUAAAAAACCCACAGAGCAACCAUGGUACAUUUAGUAAAAGUCCUCGCUUUACAGGGAAAUAGUAUGUAAAGUUGCAGGUAUGAAAAUUCAACUAUCUACACCUCUUUAAAUAUAGUAUAC